AUGCCUGCGGACAUUAGCUUUUCAGUACCGGCAAAAUCGCCGGGAUAUUCGCCAGAAAUUGACACUGUCGAGUUGAGAGAGACUAAGGAUACUUUAAAGGCUGUGCCAAACGAAGAGCUCAGCACCGAUAUCAGUGUUGACCCAGUCUCAAGCACUGGGAAGCCUAAACUUCCGGAAAUGAAUUUAGAUAAAGGCAUUGUGGGCUGGGACAGUCAAGAGGAUCCAUCUAUGCCUUUAAAUUUCUCGCAGAAUCGAAAAUGGGCUCUCCUUGCCCAAAUUACUGCAAUCACAUUUGUUUCUCCAUUAUCGAGUACGAUUUUCGCCCCCGGUGCUACUUUCAUGGACAAAGACUUCCACAAUUCCAAUUCACUCCUCUCAAGUUUCACCGUCUCUGUUUAUAUUCUUGGAUAUGUCCUUGGACCUUUAUUUAUCGCUCCCGCGAGCGAGUGUUGGGGUCGCAGGCCUGUUCUUUCGGCCACAAACUGGUGGUAUGUCAUUUGGCAGGCCGGCUGCGCAGUUGCGCCAAACAUAGGGUGUCUAAUAGCGUUUCGGUUUCUUGCUGGAUUGGGCGGUGCUGGCUGCAUGACCCUCAACGGUGGAAUUAUUGCUGAUCUGUUCGUUCCCGAAGAGCGAGGAGCCGCCAAUGCCCUCUCUGCAAUUGGCGUCAUUUUUGGCCCCGUUAUUGGCCCUAUUUUUGGCGCUUUCAUCGGGCAAAGAGCAGGCUGGCGCUGGAUAUUCUGGGUCCUUUGCUGCUUGAGUGGAGUGAUCACCAUCGUGAUUCAGAUAUUCAACAAGGAAAGCUAUGCUCCCGUCAUAAUCGCAAGGAAGACCGCCAAAUUGUCGAAAGAGCUAGGUCGUAAAGACCUUAGGUCUUGCUAUGACGUUGAUGAAGUGGAGACGAAACCCGAAAAGUUUCAACGUGAGUUCACGCGUCCUCUUCGAAUGCUGUUCCUCUCACCGGUUAUUGCUCUUUUCUGCACGUAUAUGUCUUUGGUCUAUGGGCUUCUCUACCUACUUCUCACGACUCUACCCAUGGUCUACACGGAAACAUAUCACUGGUCAACAGAGCUCACCGGUCUGGCAUCACUCGGAAUCGGGAUUGGAUUUUUCGUGGGUCUCGUGGUUAUUGGUUUGACAAGUGACAAAAUCAUUGUCAAGCUAACUAAUUGGAACGGUGGUAUCUAUGAACCAGAGAUGCGACUUCCAUACAUGACUCUCUUCGCAAUUCUCAUUCCAAUUUCUUUUUUUUGGUAUGGUUGGGCUGCCGAUAAAGCGGUCCACUGGAUUGUACCAAUCAUUGCUCUUUCUCCUUUUGGAUUCGGUAUGCUGGGCAUCUUCUUCCCAAUUCAGAUGUACCUCAUUGAUGCCUUUCCCGUUCACUCGGCCUCGGCAAUGGCAGCUUUGACGGUCUCACGAUCCCUUGUUGGUGCAUUAUUGCCGAUGGCUGGACCGCAAUUAUACAGCUCACUUGGACUUGGGUGGGGCAAUUCCUUGUUGGGGUUUAUCGCUUUGUUGAUGGUUCCAAUGCCCUACUAUCUCUGGAAAUAUGGUGGUACUAUUAGAAAGAGACACGUGAUCAAACUGUGA